GCGCAGUAGCGGACACAGCAGCAGACACUUCCUGCUAAAUAGUGCUCCCUAACAACAGACAAAGCUUGACACUGUGCAUUCAAUUGAAGACGCUUAAAUUAAAGCGCUUCGUGUUUGCUACUUCAAUGCAGGGUCCGCACAGGCUUUCCAGGUGCAGAGAGUAGGCUGAGCGCGCAGACAUGUCGGGUCGCUCCGCUGCAGAGAUGGAUGAGUCACAGGAGCUGCCUGAGCUGCCGGCAAAAAAGGCCAAGCUUGAUUUAGACGAUGGACGGGAAAAAGAACCAAGUAAUUUGGGUGGUGAUGGAAGCCCAGCUGCUGUGUUGGGGUCAUCUGAGCAGGAAAGCUCUUACUCCGCCCUGUCCACUGCCCCGCUGGAUUCAGGAGGUCAGGAACAGGCAGAUACAGAGGGAGGGGCUGCCCCUCAAGCGUGCAACGAUCCCAUUAACUCGUAUGGACAUUCUGACACAACAGUGACAACAGAAUACACUCAACAGGUUUAUCAAGGAACCAACCCAGCAGUGACGUCGUACACCAGUCAGGUGGCCUUUCCUCCACUGGCUCAGACCAGUAUGUACUCAGCUUUCCCCCAGACCGGCCAGACAUACGGCCUCCCACCCUUUGGUGCUUUGUGGCCAGGCAUUAAAACAGAGACUGGGCUGCCUGAGGCGCCCUCUGGUGGCCAGCCUGGGUUUCUCAGCUUCAGCGCCGCAUAUACCUCAACUCAGCCUGGCCAGCUUCAUUACUCAUACCCCAGCCAAGGCUCAAGUUUCACAACAUCCAGUGUGUACUCCAACAUCCCAUCAGCUACAGCUUCCACCACAGCCUCCCCCACAGUGGGCCACCAGGAGUUUAGCAGCUACAACUCUCUGGGACAGAGUCAGUUCUCUCAGUACUACAACAUGCCCCCCAGUUAUGUGCCCGCAGGGCUUCCCAGCAGCGAGGAUCAUGGUGCCAGUGUGGGAGUUGCAGGAUAUUCAGCUGUGAAGUCGGAGGAGGCCGCCCCAGCCGGACUGCCCCCAAGAGAUACGUCCCCUCCAGAGAACCUCCCAGCAGCUGCUGCCCUUCCUACAGGCGUGGCGCUCCCUGCUGGACCCAGAGACCAGGAUGAGGUUGCACGAAGAAAUGCAGUUGGGAAAUCUAAAGGGAAGGGCAAGAAGACUGAUAACUGCCCACCCACUGACAGUGACCUGGAGCGCAUUUUUCUGUGGGAUCUGGAUGAGACCAUUAUUAUAUUCCACUCGCUGCUCACAGGCUCAUACGCACAGAAGUUUGGCAAGGACCCAGCGACAGUGUUGAAUUUGGGUUUGCAGAUGGAGGAGCUGAUCUUUGAGCUGGCAGACACUCACCUUUUCUUCAACGACCUGGAGGAGUGUGACCAGGUCCAUGUUGAGGACGUGGCCUCUGAUGACAAUGGACAGGACCUGAGUAACUACAACUUCCUGGCGGAUGGCUUCAACGGUCCAAAUAGCGGAGGAGCCUCUGGAGCCACCACAGGAGUCCAGGGAGGGGUCGAGUGGAUGCGCAAACUGGCCUUUCGCUACCGUCGGCUAAAAGAGAUCUACAACGGAUACAAAGGAAACGUUGGAGGCCUGUUGAGUCCGAUGAAGAGGGACCUGCUUUUACGGCUUCAGUCUGAGAUCGAGAACGUUACCGACGCCUGGCUCAGCACAGCACUCAAGUCUCUGCUGCUGAUCCAGUCCAGAGGGAAGUGUAUGAAUGUCCUGGUCACCACGACUCAGCUGGUUCCAGCUCUGGCCAAAGUGCUGCUUUAUGGCCUGGGAGAUGUUUUCCCCAUCGAGAACAUCUACAGUGCCACAAAAAUAGGAAAAGAAAGCUGCUUCGAAAGGAUUGUCUCUCGUUUUGGGAAGAAAGUGACGUACGUGGUGAUCGGUGACGGUCGAGAUGAGGAAUUUGCUGCGAAACAACACAACAUGCCUUUCUGGCGGAUCUCCACUCACGGUGACCUCGUGUCCCUGCACCAAGCGCUGGAACUGGACUUCUUGUAAAGGCGACGACGUCGAAAGUCGCACAUUAAAGGGAAACGGCAGUAGCUGGCUCACGGAGUGACGUCGCGCGAGAAUCCUCCCUCGGCCGCUACACCCUCGCAUAUUAGAAACCCCUCUCUGCUCCCACUGGCGACUCACUGUGUGACGGUUAUGUUCUGAGGCGGACUUUGGGUCGGAGCCGACUGUGAGAAUCAGACUGGACGGACACACACACAGUCGGCCGAAUUCACGUUCCUCUCGCCCGGCACUCCCUCCUCGACGGCAGCUAAACCUCACUACAGCUGGAACUGGCACUGAUCGAACACAGAAGGGAAAACGACAUCCAUCUAUUCCUCCUCUUUGGUCUUUUUUUUUUUUUUUUUAAUCCCAUUUUCUUUUUCCAUUUCAUGCGGCAAACAGUGUCCCGGAUAUAACAAGCAAAACCGCCACCGUUGAUCCUUCAGACUCAAAAUAUCAAACAAAAUCCAAGACUAUAAAUGCAUCUUUUUCGCAGCCUUAUAAGGAAAUUAGACUCAUUAAAUAAUCACAAUCACAUUUUUCCUUUUUCACUUGCCUCCUAUGUAGCUGGUUUAAUAUUUUUACAUGGCACUAGGUUGUGAGAAAAGGCGUAACAUGCAUGACCUCCCCCUCCUGACCCGACCAAACCACGGCAUCCGUCAGCUGCUCUGACCUCUCCACUGUGUUGCAACGGCUAACUUGUGGACUUUCGUAACGUGUAUGUGAUCGGUAACCACACACAGAGGGUCAGAUGUUUUCAUAACACAACCACAUGAACGUAAAACGGCGGUAAGCGGCGUAGGAACCAUGCACUAAACCAAACACUGAUCAGUUUCAGCAGGGGAGUUUUGACACUAUAGUUGCACUUCAUUUUGACCAGAAUCGAAACUUCCCGCCCCAGACGUUUUAGUAUUAGUGAAGUAACGCGCCAUUUCUUUCAGAGACUUUGUAUUUCGCCACAGCCUGUUGUUAGGGUUGGCAGUCCUCAGAGCACAGUCCUAAGUGUCCUUGAAAUCCCAGGAGAAGAAGACGCAACUUCAGUCAGGAAAACCUUUCGAAAGGGUUUAGACGAACGUGGCACAACAAACAUAUUGUAUUAAAUACAAUUGAUAUGUCGGAGAGCAGUUAGCUUUCGUGUAGUUUAACAAUGUAAAUAAGGAUAAUGCGAUCCUGGUAACAAAUACGCCGAUUUAUAUUUUCUGUAUGUUCAGUGUUUUCAUGUCAAGGCGGGAAAAGUGUGAGCGUCUGCCUCCUCUUAAACCGAUUAUCUCAAAAAGUUGUGUUGAGUUUGAGAAAACAAAACGGAUUUCUUUAGGGAGAUUUCAUCGAACCUCAAAAUAAGACCAGAAAUGCUUCGUUAAUGUAACCGAAUGUCACUGGGUGUUACCAAAAAGAAUUUCAUUCGUUUCCAAAGAAAGCGCUCAACUCUACUCAUUUAUGUGUUUUUUUUCAGUUAGUCUAUGUAGCAGAUAUUUUAGUUUUCAUAUCACCCCAUGUCAUGACUCGGCCACAUGACAAACCCAAACCUGAUAAUGUCAUAUUGGGGAGGAAGAAAAGGGAUGAUGACUGUGCAAUACAUUUCUAGUCAGUGGUUAGGUCAUUAACUGUAUUUCAAACUUUUUUUCUUUUUGCUUUUUUUUUUUUUUUUUUCUUACGUUGACGGUGAGAAAAGCAGAAAGGGUCAAAUUUCCCUGGUUUGUAUGAGAUUACGACUGAACAAUACUGAGCCUGAAGAUUUCUACACAUGCAGCUUGACCGUUAAGAAUGUUUUGUUUUGUUUUUUUUCUGUGGAUUUGUUUGUGUGUCGUGCGUGACUCUGCAUAUUUAUAUUGUGCCUUUAACCAUCUGUAUGCAUAAUCUCAAAGGGAAAUAUAUAAGAUUUUUGUUUAAUACAUGUAUCAUUGCUUUGUUAUAUUAUCCAAAGUGUUAUUUUCCUGUUUUGUUUUUUUUUUUGUAUCUUGAUAUGUUUUGUUUUUUAAGUGCUGUUGUAAAGCUCCGGUAGAUUAUGUUACCAGUUUUUCUUUGCCUGCACUGCAUUAGUGUUUCCAUUUAGAGACUACUUUAGUGAAGGGCUCUAGGUGUCAGUACCCGUUAGUGCAGUUCAUACAAUAUUUUUCAUAACUUGAUAUCCCAAUUUGCAGUGAUGGGGAUUUUUCUUUGUUGCGUUUCCUCUAAAUAGUCAUUUGCUUUUUGCUGCCUUUCAGAAAGGAGAGUAUUUGUUGUUGUUUUUUUUUGUUUUGUUUUUUUUUGUUGCUGUGAAAUGCUCAGCAUCACUUAGAGACAAUCACAAACUAUAAUACAAGGUAUUGAAUGCACAUCCCGUCGCUAAGGCGAAAAGCACGCAAACGGUGUGCUUUAAGUUGUACAGUGUUGUACUACCUAAAUGAAGAGGAGAGAAACGAAACGGCGUAUGUUUGUCCUGACGUGUAUUUGAGAAAAAUGGGAAGACCUUAUGCAAUCUUUUCUUCGAUACUAGUUUGCUGAAUGUUUUUUUGUGUUUAUAAUUUUCUCUUUUUCUGCAUGUAAUGUUUGAAGUAUAGCAUACCUGUCAAAAAUGUCUUUUUUUUUUUUUCAAUGCCAAAUACUUUGUCGUUUUUACAGUGCUAUGUGUUUUGUUUUUUUUUGUAUUCUUAAUGCGUUUCAUCUCAUUUCCGAGGACCUGUGAGGCUACAUGAGGGUCAUGAGCCUGAAUGUGAUCAUGUAAACUGAACACUACCAUAGUAAUCGAUGCUAAUUUAAUUAUUACAAUAAUCACAUACCCCCCCCCCCAUCCAGUAGCUGUUUGGGACCUCAGCACAGUCCUGUAAGGUUUUCCUGUGUAUGUAAGACACUCAGUACAAUGUAAAUAAAUUUUAAGUUUCAGAAUGACA